GCAUUACACUGAGCCAUUUUGGUACCGAGAGCCUAAAGCAACGCCUCCUUACUCAGAUAGAAGAGAUGGUUGGCAGAACACUCAGCAUUUGGUCAAACCAGGAGUCUGUAGAACUCCAGUACUCUUCUGCAUCGAUGAUUUUCAAGUUGAAUACAAAGUUCAUGUUUGGCCACAAUUUUGCCAAAUCACUAGAGAAAAUCAGCGAGAAAUUAACCAAGUCUAAACCAAGUGCAUUCUCAUUUCCCCUGAACAUACCGGGUACUGAGUACCAUAAUUUCGUGAAGAAGAAACUGAAAGACUCGUUCAGGAACAUGAUAAAGGAGAGGCGUAAUUCAACAGGAACUUCUGAUGGUCCAGGAGAUCUUCUUGAUCAUGCUAUCGCUGAUACGCAGAUCGAGCAGUUCUUGACCGAGGAAUUAGUAGUCAACCUCAUGUUCGCAGUUUUCUAUGCCAGCUUCGAUACGAUAUCGACAGGAAUCACUUUGAUUGUCGACUUUAUAUCAGCCCAUCCUUCAGUCCUGGAUGAGUCACUGGCUGAACACGGGGCAAUAUUGGAGAGAAGAGAAGAUGCGAGGCACACUCUCAAUUGGGACGAAUACAGAUCGAUGAAAUUUACACAUCAAGUCAUAAAUGAAGCGCUUAGAUUGGGGAACAUCGCCUUCGGGCUGCUAAGGCGAGUCUUAAAGGACAUCCAAAUGAAUGGAUUUACAAUCCCAGCAGGUUGGGUGAUACUGCUUGUGCACAGCGCUCCUCAUUUCGACGCUGAUACUUAUGAGGAUCCACUCAUUUUCAAUCCGUGGCAUUGGAAGGAGCUUGACUCGUCCGAGAUUUCAAAGACCUUCAGGCCUUUCGGCGGAGGGACGAGACAGUGUGCGGGAGCUGAGUAUGCUAAGGCAGUCCUGGCGGUGUUCAUGCACGUCUUGGUCACUAAAUACAGGUGGACCAAAGUAAGAGGACAAGUGGUUUACAAUCCGAUGGUAGGAUUUGGAGAGGGCGUGCACAUUAAGGUUUCCGAUAGAACUUAGCUCUCUCUCUCUCUCUCUCUCUCUCUCUCUCUCUCUCUCUCACACACACACACAUGUGAGUAAACUAAGUGUAUUGGAAUAACCAUGUAAGACAUUGAGGAAGAUUGGAUGGACUUUCGAUAGCUUUGAUAUUAAAUAAAAAGGCCGUCCAUCCAUGAUGGGGAUAGUCAAGUUAUGACAAUCUUUUUCCUGAAAAGGAGGAGGGCCUGCCCAAGCUAUCCCCCACUUCAAUAACCAUUAGCAAAGAAUCACACAA